AGCAGCCAGGGACAGAUGCCGAUUGAGAUUGUGUGCAAAAUCAAAUUUGCUGAGGAGGAUGCGAAACCCAAGGAGAAGGAGGCAGGGGAUGAGCAGAGUCUCCUGGGGGCUGCGCGGGGGGCAGCGGCGCCCCGGGACCUGGCCACCUUCGCCAGGACCAGCACCCUGCACGGGCUGGGCCGGGCCUGUGGCCCAGGCCCCCGGGGACUGCGCAGAGCCCUCUGGGCCCUGGCCUUGCUCACUUCCCUGGCUGCCUUCCUGUACCAGGCGGCUGGCCUGGCCCGGGGCUACCUCACCCGGCCUCACCUGGUGGCCGUGGACCCCGCUGGCCCGGCUCCCGCCGCAGGCUUCCCGGCUGUCACCCUCUGCAACAUCAACCGCUUCCGGCACUCGGCGCUCAGCGACGCUGACAUCUUCCACCUGGCCAACCUCACAGGGCUGCCCCCCAAGGACCGGGACGGGCACCGUGCCGCCGGCCUGCGCUACCCGGAGCCUGACAUGGUAGACAUCCUCAACCGCACUGGCCACCAGCUUGCCGACAUGCUCAAGAGCUGCAACUUCAGUGGGCACCACUGCUCCGCUAGCAACUUCUCCGUGGUCUAUACUCGCUAUGGGAAGUGUUACACCUUCAAUGCCGAUCCGCAGAGCCCGCUGCCCAGCCGGGCUGGGGGCAUGGGCAGUGGCCUGGAGAUCAUGCUGGACAUCCAGCAGGAGGAGUACCUGCCCAUCUGGAGGGAGACAAAUGAGACAUCAUUUGAGGCCGGCAUCAGGGUGCAAAUCCACAGCCAGGAGGAGCCACCCUACAUCCACCAGCUGGGCUUCGGCGUGUCCCCAGGCUUCCAGACUUUUGUGUCCUGCCAGGAACAGCGGCUGACCUAUCUGCCCCAGCCCUGGGGCAACUGCCGGGCGGAGAGUGAGCUCUGGGAGCCUGAGCUUCAAGGCUACUCGGCCUACAGCGUGUCUGCCUGCCGGCUGCGCUGUGAGAAGGAGGCGGUGCUUCAGCGCUGCCACUGCCGGAUGGUGCACAUGCCAGGCAAUGAGACCAUCUGUCCGCCAAACAUCUACAUCGAGUGUGCUGACCACACACUGGACUCCCUGGGUGGGGGCUCCGAGGGCCCGUGUUUCUGCCCUACCCCCUGCAACCUGACCCGCUAUGGGAAAGAAAUCUCCAUGGUCAGGAUCCCCAACAGGGGCUCAGCCCGGUACCUGGCGAGGAAGUACAACCGCAACGAGACCUACAUACGGGAGAACUUCCUGGUCCUCGACGUCUUCUUCGAAGCCCUGACCUCGGAAGCCAUGGAGCAGCGAGCAGCCUACGGCCUGUCAGCCCUGCUGGGGGACCUCGGGGGACAGAUGGGUCUGUUCAUCGGCGCUAGCAUCCUCACACUGCUGGAAAUCCUCGACUACAUCUAUGAGGUGUCCUGGGACCGACUGAAGCGGGUGUGGCGUCGUCCCAAGACCCCCCUGCGGACCACUGCUGGGGGCAUCUCCACCUUGGGGCUGCAGGAGCUGAAGGAGCAGAGUCCCUGCCCAAGUCAAGGCUGCGCUGAGGGUGGGGGGGCCAGCAGCCUGCUCCCCAACCACCACCACCCCCUCGGCCCUCCGGGAGGCCUCUUCGAAGACUUCGCGUGCUAGGAUGGUGCUGUGGUGCUGUGUCUGAAAGGACCCAGGAGUCUGGGACCCCUCCCCCGACCCCCAACAUCAUCUUCUCCUGGGACAGAAGACCUGGGGGCAGCCCAAGGCUGAGGGGGAGGGGAGGAGGCGGUGCUUACUGAGAGGGCGGGGACUCAAUUCCUGCUCUGGUGCCAGCUGCUUUGCACAAGGGUCCUUCUUGUCCGCAGCCCCCACCACAGGCUGGUGCUUGGGAAGGCUGGAGACUGGGCCUCAGGCCCCCGUGGAGGGGAUGGGAAGAAAGGAGAGAGGGCAGUGGAGGAAGGAGCCCACCCAGCAG